AUAUAUACGUGGGAUAUAAAAUAUUCGAAUAUCCGAGUAUAAAGUAAUCGAAUAGUUAAAUGUUUGUAUCAUAUUUUAAUCAUUGAAACGUUCGAAUAUCAAGUACAGAAAAAUUCGACUAGUUUCAGACCUAAAACUGUUAUAGAAUGAAAAUAUUUUGAAGAUGUCGGAAAAAGCCUUUUGUUUUUUGCUGGUUAUUUCUAGGAAGGGGCACGAAGAGAUCUCGGGCCAGUCCUGAGCAGAGUUGACGUCACUGGCGCAUGCGCGCGGCAACGGACGGCACUGCAGAAGCAGGCGAGUUCGCGAGUGUAUCGAUUUUACGAUCGUGUCUCUCGCCGCUAGUGCGUCCGUUUCCUUUAGUUUUUAGUGGCCGUGCUCGUCGUACAUGGAUAAAAUCGUGAAUGGGAUUAGUCGCUAGUUUUUCCACUUCGUACACCCGCUGACUCGCAAUUCUUCGUCACCCUCGCCAUGACCAAGGAUAGAUUAGCAGCCCUCACCGCGACCCAGUCGGACGAGGAUGACGUGGCGGACGACGUGUCCGUCAACGUCGGCGGGCAAGAUGACUUCAUGACAGAGUUUUUCGCGGAGGUGGAGGAGAUCCGCGAAAUGAUAGACAGGAUCCAGACGAACGUAGAAGAUGUCAAGAAAAAGCACAGUGCCAUCUUAUCGGCGCCACAGACCGACGAGAAGGUCAAAAUGGAAUUGGAGGACCUGAUGUCCGACAUCAAGAAAACGGCCAACAAAGUCAGGGCUAAAUUAAAGGUGAUAGAGCAAAAUAUCGAGCAAGAAGAGCACACGAACAAAUCGUCGGCGGAUCUGAGGAUACGCAAGACACAGCACUCGACGCUGUCCAGGAAGUUCGUCGAGGUGAUGACAGAGUACAAUCGAACGCAGACCGAUUACAGAGAGCGGUGUAAGGGAAGGAUACAACGACAGCUGGAAAUCACGGGGAGAACGACCACUAACGAGGAACUAGAGGAAAUGUUGGAACAGGGAAAUCCGGCUGUGUUCACGCAAGGGAUUAUCAUGGAAACGCAACAAGCGAAACAGACCCUCGCUGACAUCGAGGCUCGCCACGCCGAUAUUAUCAAACUAGAGAACUCGAUUAGGGAACUUCACGACAUGUUCAUGGACAUGGCCAUGUUGGUAGAAAGUCAGGGCGAGAUGAUAGAUCGCAUAGAGUACCAUGUGGAGCACGCGGUGGACUACGUGCAAACGGCAACGCAGGACACCAAAAAAGCACUCAAGUAUCAAAGCAAAGCCCGACGGGUGAGUCCAUCCCAGAUCAUCGCGCGAACCCACCGACCUUUCGCCUCUAAUUGGUCACUUUUUGUUUCUCCUCUCGAUCCUUGCUCCUCUCGAUCACGACCUCUCUCAACUCUGCCCCUCGUUCUCGUAUCCGGCUGACUCGUUCAGCUCUCCUCCGUCUGGUACCAUUUUUUCACACCCGCCGUUCCCUGACCUCUCACGCUUUUUGGUUUACUACUAAUUCGCUCUCCUCUAUCUAUGUGCGUGUCACAACUUUCUACCGCGGCGCGACAUCUAACAACGACUACGCUUUCUUUCGUACUCGAUCAAAUUAUUUAUCGCUCGUACGAUCGAAUCGCUGCUCGCAUAUACGUGUUUGUAUGUAUGCAUACGCGUACAGCCGAGGGAAUGGCAGCCAUUUUAGUGUAAAUCGGUUGGUUAUACUGAGAAUCUUUCUCUUUCGGUGAACUGGCGUGUCCGUACCACAAAGGCAAGCUACGUUUGCCAGACAAAUAAAAUUUCGGAUAAAUAUGUAAGAAAUAAUAUCGAGUACAAUAUCCUGAGUCGCGAAGCAUCUGAAUCUCCUUUCAUCUCAUUUUUGAGAUACGUGAAAUGAUGUUUAUCGUGUAGAGCGACCUUGCGUUGCAAACUAUCGUGCAUAUUUACAAUGAAAGUAGCAAAACGAGCCUCGAGCUGUUAAAAGUGUCGAAUUACGUACGACGUACAAUUAGCGUAGUUUGCCACUGAGGUGCAGCCAGCAUCUGCACUCUGAAGUCGACGUUUUAAGAAACUUGACUUACACGAGUAUGGCUUUGACCUCUCUACAUGCAUAUACGUGUAUCAACAUACACACAUAUGCGUGUAUUUAUGUAUGUAUGAUGUAUGUAUUAUAUUCGCGUCCACACUGACAUAUGUACACACCCUCACACAUAAACACACAUCUAUCGACUUGUUUAUACUCAUUUACUUGAUCCGUACUAUGUCGUUUGUAUACAUGCAUCAUUGUAUACAUAUAUAUAUAUAUAUAUAUAUGUAUAUAUAUAUGUAUAUAUAUAUAUAUAUAUGUAUGUGUCUCUCUACUUGUGUCGCUAUGUCCUGUUGAACAUCAGUGUGCUAAUUGUGCCUCUGUCCAUGAACUGUGUGUCUAUUCGUACUACUAAAACUCUGCGUUACUAAUCUAUGCUCUCUAACUGACUAAUUUGCGACUACGAUCUGGUUGUAUCGUCGAUAACGGCGGACGAUACAGAUCUGUCUGGAAUUUAGCCUGGUGUUUCUGCUUGAGGUUGAUGAGACGCGUUGCGUGCGCAAUAAGGUGUGGCGCGGUGUGGCUUGAUAUACAUGAUAUGUUUAUACCUCUCUCUACCGUCUACGUGUGUACCUAUAUGUAUAUAUGUAUGUGAACGUAUAUACAUACACGCACAACGAAUACAUGUCUACACGUAAUUUUGGGUGCAUCCUCGGAGGCGACCAAGGGUUACCGAUGCGUAGUGAUGGGAAUGAUAUCGAUACGACACUAUCGAUGAACCGCACACUCCUAUCAGCUAAUAUCGAACAGUAUGGAUACAUGUUUGACGGUUCAACGAAAGUCUUUGACUCGUAUUGCAUCAUUGAAUCGUUUCAUCGUUGAAGUGUACAAUUGUACACUUAGGUUACGAACGUUUAGGUUCGUGGAAACUUUUGGGAGACGCUGACGUCACCAGCGAAGAAACGAAUCACCCAAACGUCGCUUGUACGUAAAUUAGACACGUAAAAGACUAUAUUCCAUUGUUACACAAUGCGGGUCGUAGGAAUAAUGUGCGCGUUUUUGUCGGGACCAUACACGAAACGCACACCUCGCUUUUGCAAUCUGCAUCGUGUAGUAUUCAACGACGCGGUAGUUUUCUGCGCAUCUACCUUGCGCACAAGUGGCUUUAGAUGAUUAAUUUCUUCGUUAGUGGAGAGUUAGUGUCACUGCUCACUGUAGUGCUAAGCUUAUGAUCGAUGAAUCAACCAUUGGCGAUGUGACGUUCUAUGAAUCGUUCUAUACGUAACUUGUUCACUCUGAUUAGAUUUGUUGUUGGUUCGUCUUUGUUAGGAGGAAUACAAUGUCUUGCUAAUAAUUUGAUUCAGAGUGUAUUUCUAGGCACUUGUUACAUAUAUUUAUUUACACCGAUACAUUCACGACGAACGUGCAAUACCAGUACUAUGAAAUUGGUAUUAAUGGUAUAACACAUCAAUAGGGAACGAAGUCUGAUUAUUAGAAAGUAAGCAAUUGAAAUUGAUACAACGUAAAGUAAUUACUUUUAUCGAUUGAAUUUUCUUUGAUUCAUUCAGAAUAGCGUCGAUGUCUGCUGGAUAUUAUACGGA